AUGGUGAUUAGCUCCCCCGAUGUCCCUCUGUUGAGGCCGUGCGCAAUGACUCACUCCUACCCCGUAGAAAUGGACUUAGUCUGGCUGUCCCUGGGCGGUGAUGACUUGACGCAAUAUCUACUAGUGAUUAUUCAGAAUGAACUCGUGGCUCUAAUGAUCGGGCUUCGAGAUCAUGCCAAAUUGCUCAGUGAUGUUGUCAUGUCCUUUUGUUGGAGAUCCGAACCAAGGAUGAUGGGGCUGACUAAGGUUCUAGACAAUAUUCCCCUCCAGUCAUCACACUUAGUGUUUCCGGCACCGAAUAUCCGUCCAAGACGGCUGCCGGGACCUGAGCCCGGAAAGACACCUGACAAAAUGGGCGCUUUCUUUGCUCGUUCAGGAAGUCUUGCGCGUACGAGCGGUGACCGGCACCGUGACGCGGGUAUACAUUACCAUACCGCAACACGUUGCGACACUAAUUGGAGAUCCUCUGGAUCCGUGAUGCCGCUUGCACUUUUUGAGCCAACGAGGCGCAGAAUCCGCGGACGGAGGGAGACGCUAGCCCCAUCAGAACCAGAUGCUCUCCUCGUUAUUGCCAUUCUUGGCCAAGUCUCAGGAUUGAUUUUGACGGCGCUAACAGGGACCCUUUCACUCAGGAGGAAGAUUCCGUUGUCGCUCACUGCAAGGCGAUAG